AUGGCGACGCAGAGAUCGACGAAGGGAGUCCCGGCUUCGUAUGGCCGGGCCUGCAUACACUGUGCACGAGCAAAGUGCAGGUGCAUCUACCGCUCCGCUGACGAUGCGACGUGCGAAAGGUGCCUUCGGCUCAAGAAACAGUGCACGCUCCAACCGUCGCUCCGCAAGUGGAACGGGCGACAGACCAACAGCGCCCGCAUCUCGCGCCUGGAGGACCAGCUGCAGGAGUUGGUAGGGCUCCUGAAGAACAGCGCAGCGACAGGCCAGCCGAUCCGGCUUGGUGAUACCACCUUGGCCAAACACGGGCUGGGCACGCUUCUUGCCAGCACCGGCUCGGCUACUCACGGCCCUGAUGAUCAGAUGCUGGAAGAAGAUGACGAUUCUUCCGACGUAAGUACCAUUUCGGCCGUCCGUAUAUCUCUUGACCCCUCGUCAUCCUCACAACGGUCAUCAGCGACCUGGCCGGCCCAUACUCAUAGCCUUGAGCCAAGAGUUCCCGGCAUGCCUGAGGAGCUCGCAACGUGCGCGGAGCAGCUCACGCCAGAGGAGGCUGAACACAAUCUCUCCGAGUUCCGCACGCACAAUGCUUUCUCAGCUCCGUUUCUCUGUUUCGCACCUGAUGUGACAUCAGCUCGGCUCCGCGAGGAAAGGCCGUUUCUCUGGUUCAAUCUCAUGACUGUCACCACCAAGUCGCUUCCUCAGCAGCGCCGUAUGAACCAAGCCAUCAAGCAACACCUUGCCAAGGCGAUGGUAGUGGAGGACGAGAAGAACAUGGAUCUGCUCUGGGGCCUCCUGAUUUUCAUGUCGUGGUCACACUACCACCAGAAAAUGAAGCCGCACCUCACCCUUAUGGGCUGUCUCGCCCAUUCUCUCAUCUACGAUCUCGUACUACACCGGCCCCAGGCCGAGGCCUCCAAGAUAGCCUUCAUUACCAAUAACGCUUCGUGCGACGAGCCUGCUGCGGGAGAGAGCCCCGCAGAGGCUCGGCGAGCCGUCUUGGGCUGUUUUGUCGUUACAUCCAUCAUUGCCACGAGCCAGAAACGGCUAGAGCCCCUGGCCUGGACAACCUACCUCGAGGAAUGUCUAGAGCACCUCGUGCAACGGCCACAGUGGCUCGGCGACACAGUUCUCGUUGCUGCAGUUCGCUAUCAGCUGGUCGUCAACCAAAUCGUCCAGAUCCUGCGCAAGCCUCACGAUAGCAUGAUUCCGCCGUCCUACGUUGACGCGCUCCGACUACAGAUCAACAACAUCCGCCGCGAGAUUCCCGAAAAGCUGGCAUCCAAUGAGAUCCUAGCAACCCAGAUCCUGCAGGCCGACCUUCUCCUCCACGAAACAGCGCUUCAAUCGCUCAGCACCGCCAGCACGAGCGGCAUCCCAGACCUGCAGCGGCAUACGGCGCUGUCGGCGCAGCUCGACGCCGUCCGCCGCUUCUUCGACGACGUCUUCUUCACCAUCCCGCCCACCCGCUACGCCGGCCUGCCGGUUGGUUUCUGGGACCAGACGGCCCACUUCUUGAUCGCGCUGUUCCGCCUUUCUCGGACGACCGCCGCCGACCCGGCCGGGGCGCUGGAUGUCGCGGCCAUCUGCGAGCGGCUUGCCGCCGGGUUUGCGCAAGCUGCCGCGGGCUGGGAGGUAGUUGGGAAUGGCCGGAGAAAAGCACAGGACGGGCAGGAGGAAGAAGAGGGGCUGGAUAUUUUCACCAAAUGCCGUCACUGGGCGAAAGGCCUACGUGAGCGGUGGUUGGCGGACAGAAAGGAGACUGCUGCUGCUGCUGCUGCGGCUGCGGCUGCGGCUACUGAACUACAUGGCUAUGGACCUGGUAGUGGCGGCAGCGGUGAAAUCAGGGGGGAAGGCGGGCCGGGAGACAAUGGCGCUGGGGAUGCGCCUGGCUUUAUGAUGCCGGGAAGCGUUGGUUUCUUUGAAAAUGAUGCUAUUCUGAGAGGUCCGGCGACCUUAGGUCUAUUACAAACUGGUGAUGGGUGGCUGACGGAUAUAUUUCAGACGUCGUGGGACUAG